AUAGUGAACGGAGUAUUUCGGUUUUGGGCAUACGACGAUCAACACCUCUACCAAACUUUGAUCUUAGAUCUGUCAGGUGUACAAUAUCCGUGUACUUCGAUCGAAUUCGAAUAUAUAUUAUUUUUUUUUCUCGUGCAUCGUCGGUGUCCUCGGUGAACAAAGCCUGUGGCUGGUUGUGAAUUUACCACAUUUACGUGAACAAGAAAAAGAAAAGAAUCUCAACAAUUUCACAGAUCACAUCCAAAUAAAGUGAGAUCAAUUGACUUUCGUUUACUGCGAAGUGUCCUUGCCGAUAAUCAAAAAUGGGGAUGGGAGGACAACAACCGGUGGAGGAGUACGAGUGCGGUUUGAGUUUGGAAACGCAGACUGCCGCUAGGACGGAACUCAGAGAGGACGAUAAAACCAGGGAACACGCCUUAGAGCAGCUGAGACAAUGGGUCCUGAAACACCCAACGAUAAAAAAUUGCCGCACAGACGCGGUUUUUCUUCUCAGAUUUUUACGAACGAAGAAAUUCAGCGUACCUUUGGCCCAGGACAUGCUCGAACGGUAUCUCACCAUCAGACAACUUUACCCAAACUGGUUCCAAAAUUUGGAUAUCAACGAUCCUGCCAUGGAGGCAAUUAUCGAUAGUGGAUAUCUGGUGCCUCUGCCACAAAGGGACCAUCACGGUCGUCAGGUCAUCCUUUCGUGUGCCGGACGAUUCGAUCCGUACAAAUUCACAUCGGCCCAAAUGGCGCGAGCACAUAGUUUGGUGGUUGAAACUUUGAUGGAUGAAGAGGAAAAUCAAGUACACGGAUACAGCCACGUGAACGAUGAAUCUGGACUGACGAUGGGUCAUCUCAGCGCAUGGUCACUGACAGAUAUCAGAAAUAUGCUAAGGUGCAUCCAAAACAGCACACCUAUGCGACACAAGGAAACUCAUUUCAUCAAUAUCCCAAGCUACGCUACGAAGAUCAUAGAAUUUGCAGUUUCGCUUCUCAACGACAAACUCAAAGGGCGCGUUUUGGUGCACAAAAAUCUUGAAGAACUAAAACAAGCCAUCGACGCUAAAAUAUUACCAAAAGAAUACGGAGGUGAAAUCCCAAUGGCGGAUAUGAUCGCAACUUUCAAAAGGACCUUACGCGCAAAACGAGACGAGCUGAAAGCUCUGGACGACAUGUACAUCGAAAUCUCGCCGAAGGAAAACUGCACGACAACAAGCGAAGGUCUGGGUGGUAUUUCGGGAUCAUUCCGAAAGCUGGAGGUUGAUUAGUGCGGAAAAUCACUCAAUUUGAGUUGAAUUAUUCAUGAAUAUUGCUAUGUUAAUCUGGAAUCAUUGUCACGGCAAUUAACAUGAUUCGCUUAUUUGUUCGCACUUUAGCCUACCGUAAAUAGGUAGAGAGAAGAAAAUUGAGUCGACCCUGAACAAGUCGCAAACAUUGAAGCUUAAAUAUUCAACUACAGAAAAUAGAGACUUCCGUAACCGGGAAUUCCAAUUUGUACAUAUUACAAGCAUUAUCUGUUAUAUUCGUUAAGUAUACGCUGUACUAAUUAAAUUUAUUUUCGUUAAUUUUAAGUUUAGAUUAUACGGAAUACAUAUGUUAGCAUACAAUAUCAAAAUAUUGUUGUGCCGGUGGAUUCAGUUACCUACAAAUGUCUUCAGUCUUCGCAAGAGGAGCAGCUAUAGAUGUAGCAUAGAAUUAUAGUAUAUACAUAUACAUAGAUGAUCGAUUCAAGGGUUUACCCAUAGUUGAAUAUUGUUUGAUCAUCUCCCAACCGUAAUCUCAAUUGAAAAGAAUGUAGUUGAAAGUUGAAUUACGACGUUGAUUUUGCACGAGAAAUGUUUUAUCUUUAUCAAAUGAACGAAAACAGUAACAAAAUAUAUUCAGAUAUUACGUCUGGACCAGCAUACUCGCCAUGAGUCAUCUGAAACUGGACCAACGAUGCGGUAUUGCGUCAAUUUCAAGCUCAUCCUAAUCGCGAGAAUUGAGAAACGCGUUUACAUUCGGAAUCACAUGUCAGGGUCGUGAACGAUGUACAUUUUGUGUAAGAGCACUCAAUGCCAUCGCGAAGAUCGUCGAGACAGUAUGAAAGUGAGAAAUUUUAGAUCAUAUAGGUAUAAUCUGAUCUAAAAUUAGGUUCAUGGUUUAAUAUGAUUUAAAAUAAAGAGAAAAUUGUUAAUUAAAAUUGAUGGAUUUUAGUUAUAUCGAAUCAGCUAACUAUAUUUACUGAUUCGCGAUCUGUUUCAAAUAUGUGUUAGGUUGUUUAUUUCGUUAUUUAUUCUUCUACCUACCGUCAGAAUGAGCUGCUCAAAACCAUCGCAGACUCAUUGAUUCCAAUACUGGAAUUCUGGAUAAAUCGAAAAAACCGGUCGCCCUUUAUCGGUCAAGUUUUUUCAUCAGCAAAGAUGUGGAAAACGCGAAUAAAUCGUACAGUUUUCGAACAUUCGACUGAGUCUAAUGCAUACAUUUGAAUUUUCAGAGCUAUUUGAAGAGCGAGUACGAAAUUAUGCGAAAUGUCAAUUGAAUGCAUGAUUCAAUUGACAUUUGAUUGCAUUAGUCAGGUGAAAAAUCAGCCUUUGAAUGGAAACCCGACUGGGCGAAAAAAAGCUCUGCAAAAAAUGUUUUUACUCAAGGAACAGGAAUAUUUCUGUUGAUGAGGUUGCAUAAUGUGUUGGAGAAAAUUAGGUUUGUUCUAUUCUCAAUAAAAUUAUACUACAUACAAAAGA